AUGACAGGUGUGCUAACACUUGAAACCAUGGCCAGUGGAGAGGGAUGUGGGCCAAGGAACUGUGUGGUGUGUGGAGACCGGGCCACAGGCUAUCAUUUCCAUGCCCUGACUUGUGAGGGCUGCAAAGGCUUCUUCAGGAGAACAGUCAGCAAAACCAUCGGUCCCAUCUGCCCCUUCUCUGGAAGCUGUGAGGUUAGCAAAGCCCAGAGACGCCACUGUCCAGCCUGCAGGUUGCGGAAGUGUCUAAACGCUGGCAUGAGGAAAGACAUGAUACUGUCAGCAGAAGCCUUGGCGUUGCGGCGAGCCAGGCAGGCACAGCGGCGGGCACAGAAAGCAUCCUUGCAAAUGAGUCAGGAGCAGAGAGAGCUGGUCCAGACCCUCCUGGGGGCCCAUACUCGCCACGUGGUCCCCAUGUUUGACCAGUUUGUGAAGUUCAGGCCUCCAGAUUACCUGUUCAUCCAUCACCGGCCCUUCCCUCCUCUGGUCCCCGUGAGGCCUCUGCUCACACACUUUGCAGAUAUUAACACUUUCAUGGUGCAGCAGAUUAUCAAGUUCACCAAGGACCUGCCCCUUUUCCGGUCCCUACCCAUGGAGGACCAGAUCUCCCUUCUCAAGGGGGCAGCUGUGGAAAUACUGCAUAUCUCACUCAACGCUACUUUCUGUCUUCAAACACAGAAUUUCUUCUGUGGGCCUCUUUGCUACAAAAUGGAAGAUGCAGCCUAUGUAGGGUUCCAGGGGGACUUUUUGGACUUGGUCAUUCGCUUCCAUGGGACAUUGAAACGACUGCAGCUCCAGGAACCUGAGUACGUGCUCCUGGCUGCCAUGGCCCUCUUCUCUCCAGGUGAUUUCAUCUCAGACAGGCCUGGACUGACCCAGAGAGAAGAGAUUGAUCAGCGGCAAGAGGAGAUGGCACUGAUCUUGAACAACUACAUUAUGGAACAGCAGUCAAGGCCCCAAAGUCGGUAGGUAGGAGGCUGGGGGCUCAGGAAGGAGACUGGGGGCUCAGAGGCUGCCUUGGGGGAAGGAAGGGAUCUGAGAAACAUUGAGAUCAGGAUGAAUGUAUUUUACUGCUGUUUCCUUUGGGAAACCAAGUACUUAGGAAUCCAGGCCUUCCCUUGGGCCACCCCUAUCACACAUAGUUCCAGUAUCCAAAUUAUUCAUACUGCUGUUCCAUCUCACUUUUCCAAGGUUUUUUGUUUGUUUGUUUGUUUUUUAUUCAGUAGAGAUGCAAAGUAGUAGCUCUUGGCCUGUGUAUGAUAGCAUUCCUGAGAUUGGUGAUAUCCAUCACCUCACCUCUCCAACUUUUCCAAACUAAAGCAAAAUUUCCAAAAUCUUGUUCAUUCUUCUUUUUGGCCCUCUCCUCUCCCUUGGGUCAGUUCCUUGAAUUUUUCAGUUCCGUUUGAAGUCACGGUCAUUCACAGUUUCGUGGACAAAGCCUGUCCCUAGUUCAGUCGUCCAGGCUCUGAAGUUCAUGCCACUUCUGUUCUGCUCACUCCUUGAUAAAUCAGUUUGCUAAGAGGUGGAUGCUUUUACCAUCGAACAACACGCCCACCUCCUAGAACUCCAUCUAGAAGGCCCCACCUUUAGAUUCUAUAUAGCUGAAGUUCUGGCCAAGUCUAGCCAUUCCUUUACACUUGACCUCUAAGCCCUGGGCUCAGGAAAAACUAGGCACAAAGAAGGAAGACAAUGUUGACAGAAGCCCUCUUGGGGACUUCUGAAAUUUUUCAGAUAUGGUUUGUGCCAUCCACAGCAUGAUUCUCCAAUGUUCAGACUUAGCCUCCUUGAGGGACAGUUCAGGGGACGGGAGACUCAGGACAAGACUCCCAGUUGCCUCAUUUCCCUCUUCUUUCCCUGGUAACCCUACUACUCCCUCCAAAGGUUUCUGUACCCAAAGCUGAUAGGCCUGCUGGCUGAGCUCCGGAGCAUAAACAAUGGAUACUCAUAUGAAAUCCAGCGCAUCCAGGGACUGUCUGCUAUGAUGCCACUGCUUGGGGAAAUCUGCAGCU